GCUUGGUUGUUUUAUCAUAAGAUUGAGUGAAAUUUUGUUUUUUUUUUAUUCAAGUAUAAAAAAAAGUGUGGUGAUCUGAGAUCUUGUCGGAAAGAGAGAUAAUAGCAAGUGUUUUGCAAGGAUAUAUUUUUGAACAAGUUUAGUUGAGUUUAGUUUAGAUAAGCUUUGCUGAUCGCAGUGCAUAAGGUGUUACUCAUUAUCGUUGAUUGGAGGGCCCCUGCUGGCUGCCGCGCUGUCAAUCAUCAUCGGUUCCCAGCCUCUGCAACUUUGAGUUGUUCUAGAAAGCCGCAUCCCACCGGGCAGGACACUGACCACAACAGCCCAGUGCCAACGACCAGGUUUGCUUGCAUCAGCCCAUUAUGCUAAUGAGAGCCCGCUAGGCAGAACCGUUUAAGGUGACAUAACCUCACUCGGUCCCAAUGCGGUCUAGGCCAGAUAACGAACCAUAACCACACCAAGAUAACGGCCAAUCCCAAAACACUUCGCUGCUGUUCAACACACGCAGUCGGCUCGGAACCCUUCGUUGAUCCCAUGGAGAUACUCAACGUGCUCAAGUGCCGGCUGGAGAUUGUCGACGACACCGUCUCGUCCCAGCAGCUGGUGGAUCAGCUGAUUUGCGACGCCCCGGAGGAACCGCUGCUACAUCUGACCGAGCUGGACUGCGUGGUCAAGCGGCACUACGACUGGCUGCGGAACCUGCCCCGGGUGAGACCGUACUACACGGUGGGAAGUAACGACGACGUUCGGAUCAUUGGCACGACGGCGCUGCUGGACUGUGGGUACGUUUGUUCGUCGAAGGUGGAAGUGUUGAAGGUGCUGGAGUUUCGGGUGGAUCCGGGGGUGAUCCUGCUGGAACGGGUGGGGAGGAAUGCUGAGCUGUUGAGGUUUGCGAGGAGGAAGGACGUUCGGGUGGUGUUUGAUUCCGAGGAGGAACUUCGGAUGAUUCAUCAGUACUUUCCGGAAGCAGAAGCCCUGAUCCGGUUUCGGUUGAGUCAAGACGUUCAGUCUGGCUGCCAAGCGGAUGGUGAAGCUCGCGAGCUGCUCAACCUUGCCAAAGAGCUCAACAUGGACGUGAUAGGAUGGUGCUACAACGCUGGAUCGUUCUGCUGCGAUCCAGCGAUCUUCUACACGGCCAUCAGCAAAGGACGCGAAAUCACGGACCACGCAACGAUCGUCGGCUUUAACUUCAAGUUUAUCAACUUGGGCGUGGGAGUUUGUGGCCAGAAGGACGUGCAAGGUCAACGGUACGCGUCGUACAUCAACCGUGCGCUGGAGGAUUACUUUCCCGAACGACGCGGAUGGACGAUCGCGGCGGAGGUUGGCAGUUUUCACAGCGCUGCGGCCGUGACGGCCAUUGCGGCAAUUCGGGGGAAGCGGAUAUUCUGGAACCAGAGGCAUCCGUCCAGGAUCGAUCAAGUGUUCUAUUACGUCAGUGGACGGGUUGGAAGAACUAGUCACAGCUUGAUUCAUGCCAGCGACCCUGCCUGUCCAAUUGUUUGGAAAGAUCGCGACGAGUGUGGUGUGGAAUGUCGGACAACUCUGUACGAGGCAGGGAGUGAUGAGUGCAUUUGCAAAGAUCUGCAGCUGCCGGAAUUGAAUGAAAACGAUUUUAUGGUGUUUGAAAGUCAGGGGAACUUUGCACGACGAACUUCGAAAGCAACAGAAGGAAUUGUCUAUCCGAUUACUUUGGUUUAUAUCAGGAGAAGCAUGUGGGAAUUUUUGAAAUACCUGUCCGAGUCUAGAUUUCCACGGGAGCUAAUUCUGGGAUCACGAUUCCUAAAGAACGCAUGGAAACUUGAAGAAUUGGAGCGUAGCUAACCCAAAAUUUGCACAUACUCAACGAACUCGUCAACAUUCCUGCAACAACCAACGUCAUGCAAGUGAAUAAACUACAAAGUUGCUCUUGAGCCACGUGUAAACACGACCCACUGCGUAGAUGACAGCCCCGCACUGUUAAUCCUAGCCCUACCAGUCAGUCCAGGACAGAACAGGACACCCUAAACCGGGGAACGCACGAGUGCAACGCCAUUUGGCACGACCCGCGGGUGUUACCUUCGCCGCGGACAGUCGCACCCGGCAGAGUUCAACCCGCGGGACCGCAAAUGGCCGGCCACGAACCUGCAAUGUCGAU